UGACAACUGUUCUAAAACAUAUGUCAGUGUGUUUAAGGUGAAAAGUGCCAUUUUGUGUCAAAUUUACACAAAAUUGCAAUAAACCUCAACGAAGAAGUGUUUAAAAGACAAAGUCUGUAAACUGUGCAUGUUCAUAUGAUCUGCUCUAGAAUCUCACUGUUACUAAAAUGCCCCUCUUAUGCAAACAGCAGUAGAGCAUCUCCAGUGGUCAGUGAUGUUCUGGUACUGAGGCAGUCUCAAUAAAGAAGUCCAGCAGUAGAGGGGCCCACCGACAGGUGGAGCAUUGAGAAAUAAAAAGAGGCUAAAAAGGCCCUAACGAGGCAGAAUGAGUGAGAAUGCAGCUUUUGCAGCAAACACUGUAUUUCUCUUGAAAAUGUAAUGAAGAAGCUUCAAAUUUAAGACGCCCCAAUAGGAGUAGGUGCUGCAUUUCAAUGCUGAAAGUGAGCCCCUAUGGGCUGAGGACAGGUUGUAAUGCUCUCAGUGUUUCCUCCUCGUGCACUCUGGGAAUAUUUUCUAUUGUCUUUGUAGACAGGUUCUAGACUAGAUGUUAAAGGAGGUUGACAAAGAUUACAUUUAUAAAUUUAUAAAUAUUAAAAAUCUGUGAUCUCCUUGAUACUAAAACAGUGUAACACUCAGAAAAAAAAGUUUUUAGAAAAUUUACACAAUCAGUUUUUAGAAUUACACAAAUAUUAAAGAAAAAUUAAAAUAAAUACAUAUUCAGACAUAAUAACCUUAGAAAAAACAUUUAAAUUUAAAUGUAUCAAAUUCAUCAUUACAGAACAAAAGCUAUUAUGAUGGUCACUUGUAUUUACUAACAGGCAUACCAAACAUCAGCUCUCACAUAUAGUCACACUGUCAUUGGUUCAGUUCAGUCAGUAAUGCUACUGUUAUGACCAAGACUAAGUUGGGCUGCACCAUAAAAAAAGAGACCUCUGUGUGCUCCCACUUCCCCAGUUCACACAUACAACCAGUUUUGCAAUAAUAACAAAUUAGUUUCAUUUUCUUCAAGAGUUCAAGGCUGUAGGCAGAGAUAUGGAACAUUAGAGGGGGAAAGGGAAAAAUAACAAACAAAACCAAGCUAACUUAGAUUUAGGUAAAUUUAACUUAACUAACAAACAAACAAACCAAAGAAAACAAAUACAAUUUAUUACCCAACUUUCUAACUAAAGCAAACCAGGAGAAAACAAAGACAACCAAAAUAACCCUCUCUCCCCAAUAAGAGAGAUUAUGUACAAGAGCUGUGUUGCUGAGCAGCCACAUUAGCACAGUGUUUACAGUCAACUUCAAUGAAAGGUCUAAAACAUGGACAGUCUUCAUGAAAAUCUUAACAACAAACAACAAAGAACCCAUAAAUCUUACACCACAUUCAAGCUCUCUUACCGACACAGCCCUAUAGCAGAAGCUUUUCUCAAAAGACUGCUCAGGGAACCGGGGAUGCAAUGGAAACCACUCCAGAAGCACCGCACACUUUGUCCUGCACAUCUCUCUUUUAUAGGCGGCUCCCCUGGUGGUGGCUCAGUGCAUCUUCCUGCUGUUUUGUAAUCAAGACAGAAGACACACUACACAAAAAACAUUCUUCCUGGGAUUUGGUUCCUCUCAGUGGUUCUUCCUCAGGCUCCUAGAGACUUUCUCCAUAGGGAUUUGGUUCCUCUCAGUGGUUCUUCCUCAGGCUCCUAGAGACUUUCUCCAUAGGGAUUUGGUUCCUCUCAGUGGUUCUUCCUCAGGCUCUUAGAGACUUUCUCCAUAGGGAUUUGGUUCCCAAAGGCACAACUGUUGGACUGGGUUAAGAGUGGAUUUUUCAUUUAUAAUGUUUGUAAUUUAGGAACAUUUUGUAGACUAAUGAAAGCACUUUAACAUCUUUCCUUAAUUAGUCUGGUUAAACAAUUUUACGCCAGAUUAGAAAGCAGAUCAAAUUUACAUUUAGUUGCAUUAUUAUUAUUAUUAUUAGUAGUAGUAGUAGUAGUAGUAGUAUUAAUAUUAUUACUAUUAUUAUUAGUAGUAGUUGUAGUAGCAGUAAUAGUACUGUAGUAGCAGGGUUGAGAGGGUUACUGUAAAAAUAUAUUCUGUUACAGAUUAUUGAUUACCUUUUAAAAAUCUAAUUGUAGGAUAUUUGUAGGAUUACUAUUAUGGGAUGGUUGGGAAAUGUUUUGCAUGUUAAAGUAGUUGUAAUGUGGCAGAAUAACUCAGACGCUCACGGUUAAAAUGAGAGUGAGGCUUUAAUGUUUGAGUCGCAAUCCAAAACCAUGGUCAAAAAACAGGCAAAGGUCGAAUCCAGCAAAGUCAAGAGACACAAAAAGACAAACAUAACAAGGCAAUCAAAGUCCAGGGGGCAAAGACAAAAAGGCAAAGGUCAAAACAGCAAACAGAGUCAAAAACCAGAAAAAUCACAAAAGACAGGAGGAAAACUGCUCAGUAGCUCUUGAACAAGAAGCAAUACCUCGCAUCGAACUAGACUAAAAACCCAGACUUUAAACUAAACUAAUUAUCUUAGAACAGACGUAACCAGUUAGUACUCAGGUGACGGAGAACGGUGAUAGGAACAAGAUGGAGGGCUGAGAAUCAUGUGAUCCCCCUGUGGAUUCUGAGAAAUGGAGUCCCUAGAGAGGGAUGCCUGACAUGUGGGUCUCUCACAUUUAUUGAAGGGAUUAUUCUACUGAGGACUCUUAUUGUGUGUGUGGUAAAGCUAGUGUUCACUGGGGGACAUGUGUGAAAGCAGACAGGAACAGGAAGUUAGUCUAGAGCUGUAAGUGGGAGAUUACAGCAUCACUGUCUGUCAGUCUCUGAGUUUAUAGCUAUCACUUCAUUUUUAAACCAUUAAACCAUGUUUUGUGAAUAAGUCUAAAAUGAUUGCAAAGGAAUGACUUAAGAAGCUGUUUAUCGAUGAGAAGAACUUCAUUUUUUUAAACAAAACUGUUAAGGCACAUUUCUCACUGAUUUUAGUGGAACACAGAAGAGAUCAGACUCUCCUGUGUCCAGCUGUGUGUCCUUGAAGAGUGACCGGUCACUACCAGAACCUCCACAUUUCAAAGAGGGAUCAGUCUCUCAGGAAAGUGAUGAUACGGGUUCAGAGGCUGCUGCGAAAAAUGACAAGCAUCAAAAGAACACUGAACAUCUGAAGAACAUCUUUAAUAAACUUGAGAAAAAAAUCUUUAAGUUCAUAAAGGAUGAGCUGGAAAUCUAUAAGAAACAUCUAACAAAAAAAGUCACAAAAUAUUGUGGAGAUGUGAAGGAAGACAAGUGGAAUUUAAGACAAGGAGUUCUUAAUAUGACACAGUACUUCUUGAAGAAGAUGGAACAGAAGGACCUCGCUGAUGCGCUGCAAAAUGAACUGAUUGGAAUUCAACAAUAUGCACUCAAAGCUAAACUGCGCAAAAAGUGUCAUCAUGUACAUGAAGGAAUUGCAAAGCAAGGAGAGUCCACUGUUCUAAAUAAGAUCUACACUGAGUUGUACAUCACUGAAGGUGGAGCUGGACAGGUCAACAAAGAACAUGAAGUAAGACUCAUUGAAAAAAACAAUGUAACAAGAGACAAAAAUCAAAUGGAGCAAGAGGUACAAAUCAGAUGCAAGGACAUGUUUAAACCAUUAGCUGGACAAGACAAAUCCAUCAGGACUGUUCUGACCCAGGGGGUUGCAGGUAUUGGAAAAUCAAUCUGUGUGCAGAAGUUUAUUUUGGACUGGGCUGAAGGUAAAGAAUAUCAGGACAUCCAGUUCAUCUUUCCACUUCCCUUCCGAGAACUGAACCUGAAGAAAGGAAGUCAGAGUUUGAUGGACAUCAUCUAUUUCUUCUUCCCUGAAACACAAGGACUGAGAUUAUCAAAUGAGCACAAAGUCAUGUUCAUCUUUGAUGGACUGGAUGAAUGUCAACUUCCUUUGAGAUUCCAGACAAAUGAGACCCUGAAUAACAUCUCAGAAGAAGCCCCGCUGGACUCUGUGAUGACGAGCCUCAUCAAGGGAAAUCUGCUUCCCUCUGCUCUGAUCUGGAUAACCACUAGACCAGCAGCUGCUGCUAAGGUCCCUGCCGAGUUUAUUCACCAAAUGACAGAGUUACGUGGCUUCAAUGACUUACAGAAGGAGCAGUACUUCAGAAAGAGAAUCAGUGAUCAGGACCUGGCAGAGAAAAUAAUUGAUCAUAUUAAACAAUCAAGAAGCUUGUUCAUCAUGUGCCACAUCCCUGUCUUCUGUUGGAUUUCUGCCAAUGUUCUUCAGAGAAUUUUGCAAGAAACAAAGAAUAAAGAAACACCAAAGACCCUGACGGAAAUGUACACCUGCUUUCUGAUCUUUCAGACCAUACAGGGGAAGCUGAAGUACAAUGGAAAGAAUGAUUCAGAUACACCCUGGGACAAAGAAGGCAUUAUGUCAAUGGGAAAGUUGGCUUUUCAUCACCUAGAAGAGAGCAAUUUGAUCUUCUAUAGAGAGGAUCUAGAUACAUGUGGAAUUGACCCCAGUAAGAUGUCAGUGUACUCAGGACUGUGCACUCAGGAGACAGUCACAUUUCUUGGCACGGUUUACAGCUUUGUACAUCUCAGUAUUCAAGAGUUCCUCGCUGCUAUAUUUGCAUACAUUUCUCUCAGAAAUGACAACAAGAAUGUUUUAGAACAUCAGUCUGAAUCACAGGAGAGCAAAAAAACAGAAGUCAUUGAUUUACUCAAGACUGCAGUAGACCAGGCUUUGAAGAGUGACCAUGGACACCUGGACCUUUUCCUUCGCUUCCUUCUGGGUCUCUCACUGGAGUCUAAUGAGCAGCUCAUUCGAGGUCUGCUGACCCAGAAAGGAAGCAGGUCUGACUGCCAGAAGGACAUAGUGGAGUACAUCAAGUCAAAGUUUAAGGAAAAUCCAUCUCCAGAGAGAUCAGUCAAUCUCUUAUACUGUCUGAAUGAGUUAAAUGAUGAUUCUCUAGUGAAAGAGAUCCAGAGUUACAUGAGCUCAGGACGUCUCUCUGAAGCUGAACUCUCACCUGCACAGUGGUCAGCUCUGGUCUUUGUGCUGCUGACAUCCAAAGAGAAGCUGGAUGUGUUUGACUUAAAGAAGUUCAUCAGAUCAGAUGAGUGUCUUAUCAGACUGCUGGCAGUGGUCAAGGAAGCCACAUCAGCUCUGCUGAGUGAGUGUAACCUGACAGAUAGAAGCUGUUCAGCUCUGACUAAAGUCCUCAGCUCAGAAUCCUCUAUGCUGACUGAGCUGGAUCUGAGUGGGAAUCCUGUACAGGACAGAGGAGUAGAGCUGCUCGCAGCUGGACUGGAGAGUGCAAACUGUAAACUGGAGAAACUGAGGCUGAGUGAGUGUAACCUGACAGAUAGAAGCUGUUCAGCUCUGACUAAAGUCCUCAGCUCAGAAUCCUCUAUGCUGACUGAGCUGGAUCUGAGUGGGAAUCCUGUACAGGACAGAGGAGUAGAGCUGCUCGCAGCUGGACUGGAGAGUGCAAACUGUAAACUGGAGAAACUGAGGCUGAGUGAGUGUAACCUGACAGAUAGAAGCUGUUCAGCUCUGACUAAAGUCCUCAGCUCAGAAUCCUCUAUGCUGACUGAGCUGGAUCUGAGUGGGAAUCCUGUACAGGACAGAGGAGUAGAGCUGCUCUCAGCUGGACUGGAGAGUGCAAACUGUAAACUGGAGAAACUGAGGCUUUCAUUCUGCAGCAUAACAGAGGAAGGAUACGCUGCUCUGGCUUCAGCUCUGAAAUCAAACCCCUCAUCACACCUGAUAGAGCUGGAUCUCAGAGGGAAUGAUCCUGGAGAUACAGGAGUGAAGAUGCUCACAGAUCUACUAGAGGAUCCAAACUGUAAACUCAGGACAAUAAGACUGUUGAAAAGUCCUGCUGCAGAAGAUGUCUGUGAUUUUCUGACUACAGUUCUAGGAAUAAGCCCCUUACUGCUGAGAGAGCUGGAUCUGAGUGGGAAAAUACAAGGAGAUUCAGAACUGAUGAAGAUAUCUGACCUACUGGAGGAUUCACACUGCAGAACUCACAAACUGAAGCUGAGUAAGUGCAGUAUUACAGAGGAAGGCUGUGCUGCUCUGUCAUCAGCUCUUUGUUCAAGUCCUUCACGCCUGAUAGAGCUGGAUCUGAGUGAGAAUAAACUAGGAAACUCUGGAGUGAAGCACAUCUGUUUUCUACUGGCAAAUCAGUGCUGUAAACUGCAGAAACUGAAUCUUUCUUUCUGCAGUAUAACAGAGGAAGGAUAUGCCGCUCUGGCUUCAGCUCUGAAAUCAAACCCCUCAUCAUCCCUGAUAGUGGUGGAUCUCAGAGGGAAUGAUCCUGGAAAUACAAGAUUGAAGACGCUUACUGAUUCACAAAAUUAUCCACGCCGUAAACAGAAGUGUGGAUGGCUGGUUUAAAAAGUCUUUAUAUAAGGAAUAUCAGAUGACAAGUCAGAAACAGCAGCAGAGGAUCUGGAUGGACAGUCACCAUGUCAAACAGAGUGGGUCUCUGCUGUCUGGCUGGAGUCCACAUAAAUGUAAUGUGCUAAAUGGAUGAGAAACAGCUGUUCCAACAUCAGGAAUGAAUAGCAUGGUCAUGUUAUUUACCUUUAGCACAGUACCAGUCAAAAGUCUAUGUAUUUGUUUUUGAAUCAGGCUUUGAUCCUUUUCUGUUUAAACUGAAAUUUUGGGCACCCCAGUCAAAUUCCAUGUCAUGUUGAUUUUUUGAGCAAGUCAAAAAACUUCUAUAGAGAACAAACUUUGGCACAUUUUAAUCACAAUUAUUGUUCAUUUACUGAAUAAAAAAAAAACACUAAAUGUGAUCUUUGCAAAUGUUAUGGCACAUUUUCUUUUAUAGUGUUUAUUUUGUCGAAAUUUAUGAUUUUUUUUUUAAGUCGAAAAUUCACAUGGGCUAUAUUUCAGUUUGUCCUGCCUUUCAACAUGUAGUUUAAGCUAGUGAUAGCUCUUCCAAACACUUAAUAUCCAUACUCAAAUGUUGGCUACACAACUUUUGGAUCAUUUAUGGCUGCUAAUGCACAGAUAUACUAAAUCUGAAGGUCAAAGAUGUUUUACUUUAUCUAUUGUAUGAAAACAGAAUAAUAACUGGUAAAUGCUUUCUGCUUCUUCAUUGUGCUGCUUGUGAGUGAUGCUGCGUCUGAAUGAAGAAGCAUUGUGGAGUCAUUCUGUCUGUGUCACCCCUGGUUUAAAACAGCUAUUAUACUUUUAAAAAAGCAUUAGUAGAACAUUUGAAAAAUCUCCCAAGUACAAACAUGAACAAAAAUUGAGAUUCAUUGAAAAGGUCAUUGGUUAACUAUCUCUUUAGACUGUGAAUGAGAAUAUUGUCUAUUUUGAUAUUUAAAAAAAGAUUUAUGGGAUUUUUCCUAAAAAGAACCCUAACUUGAGCCCAAAGUAGUGCCUAGCAUGUAUUUCCAAUGGUAUUUGCCAGCUUUAAUUUUUACAUUUCAGUGUUUAAUGCCGAAUUCUUGUAGUAAGCUUUGUAAGUAGCCUUUGUUUUCAACUUAUUACCACCUCUAGCAUAUUGUUUUUCCACUAGCACCACUGUGGAUUUGUAGUAUCAUAUCAAGGUAGUGAUACUGUAUAUUUACAAUUUACUGCAACUCUAAUUUAAAGAUGGACAUUUCAGUUUUAUAACAUUCACGUGUCAUUCUUUUACUUCUAUACUCUGAAUAUCCAGAGAUAUUUUCAGUAAAGACUUGAACAGAAAGGCUGUAUCUGUGUAUUGUUGGAGGAGCCUGUUAGCCUACGGUGACCACCUGUCUCACAUUUGACAGGAAAGUCCUAAAAUUCAGAGAUUGUUUUUAAUAAAAUUGCUUAAAGUGUUAAAUUGGGUAAACUAAAGAAUACUCUCAAGAAAUGAGAAUAAUAGCCUUUUUAAAUAACAGCAUAAAGGUUGAGAAUGUUCAAAAAUAUAUUGCAGUAACAAUCUUUGUGGUUGCAUCUUGAUGCAAAGCUGUGGACACACUUCUGUACAUUUUCUGCUGUCUAAAUACAUUUUUGUGAAAUCACCACACAAUUUGUUAAUUAGUGUAGAAAAGAUGAUGGUCUUCAAAUGGACUAAAGAAAAUUGUAUGUUUUAGUAUUAAGCCAAGCUUAUAAACAGACAAACCCAUUUUUUUGUUUCUUGUGUUGUCUUUGUGUUUGUUAAUCAUACAUGGUUAAUUCCUAGUUUUGUUUUACACAUGACGUUUUCACGGAAAAAAAAAACGAGUUUUUUCAUACAUUUUCCCAUAUGUUUGUCUUGAUAUUAAUAAAUCUACUCAAAUUCCUCAAUCUUCUGUCUUAAGAAUGGGAAUUUAGAUAAUUACAGCUAUUUAUAAA